GAAUAUGAAAUUGAAAUGUGGGAAAAGCCCAAACUCUGGGAAGCGGACACAGCACGCGGAUGUGUUUCUCAUUCUCCCCCACCGCUGUUGCACUGCUUUCCGGUCCCGAAUCGGAGAACAGAACAGAACAGAACCAUGCAAUCGCCCUCUCUUCAUUUUCCCCACAACAUCGCUCCUACCAAACCCCAUCUCUCCCAUCACUUUGUAGGACUCCAUUUCACUUCCAUUCCCACCAAAUCCUUCUUUCCCUCUUCUCUCUUCAUCUCCAAUUUUCGUUUCAGUAAGAAGGCCAUUCCAAUACAAUCCCAAAGCAAGCCUCACAACCGCAAUUCAAAUCCUAAACCCAAACUCAAGGGUAACAAGGAAAACGUAUGGAGCGUGGAUAAUGAGCUCGCCAACGCCCAAAAAGAGAGGGAUAGAGCAGCCAGAAGGAACCCCAAAGGUAGAAGGGUCAUUAAGAGUAAGAGGAACAAAGGUGGCACAAUUAUGGUUUCUCGUGCUAUGCUAAUGGAGGUCGAAACCGUUCUUCAAACUCAGGAACCUGUAAUUAAGCCAAUAUGGAAUACAUUUGUUAGCAGUGUAAGUGGGAUAUGGAAAGGGGUGGGCGCCGUAUUUUCUCCUAUCACUGCAGAAAUGGAGCCAAUUGAAAUUGGAAACAACAAUGAAAACCUAUAUGAUUGCUAUACUCUUUCUUGUGUUGAGGACGAGCGGUCUUUAUCUGGGGGGAAGACAAAUCAAAUCAAAAGGAGAGUAAAUUGGGUGACUUUAAAUCCUUACGGGGAAGGACCCCUAAACCGUGGAGAUGUUUCCUCAACCUCGGAAACAAUGGUAGGCGCAAGCCCAAAAAAUUACUGUUUGCCAAAUUUUGAGUCUUUUAAUUUUGAUAAAAGUGACGUCCUGGAAGACGAUGUCAUGGGAAAUGAGCCCGGCCUUGUCUUCUUUGAGGCCAUAUCACGAUCUCAUUGGAAAUUCCAGGAUGGAUCUUAUUCUCGUGGUCCUGUUAACAUUCCAGUGGGUGAUGUUGAUGAUACCAAUUAUUACAUAAAUCCAACUUUCAAGUUCGAACAGUGUUUAGUAAAAGGCUGCCAUAAAAGGCUCCGUAUCGUCCAUACCAUUGAAUUUAGUGGUGGCGGAUCUGACAUACAGAUACUAAGAGUUGCUGUGUAUGAAGAACAGUGGGUUAGCCCUGCAAAUAUGUCUGACAUAAGUGAUGUAGAGUUUGAUUUGAAGCCAUUUUCUCAACGGAAGCGAACCCAUCCAUCAGAACUUACAGGAUCGUGGAAGGUGUUUGAAGUAAGCGGGACUCCAAUAUUUGGUGAAGAGAGUAAUGCAGCCACCGUCCCUUACGUGUAUCUGUGCACAGAAACGUUAAAGAAAAGGAGGUUACCAGGAAACCCAGUUUACUUUGGGGAGGAAGAAAUGGACAUGCAGGAUGUUACCAUGCUGUGGCUUCCAGGUGGUGUCACUGCUUAUGUUGAUGUCAAAAAGGAUGGCAUUCUCUGUAUUGGAGUCGGUUGGUACUCAGAUGAGGGUAUCAACCUUGUUAUGGAGAGGGAUUAUGGAUUCGAUGGGAACCUCAAGGAAGUUAGGUGGAAAUCUGAAUUAAAAAGAAGAUGGCCUGACCCAAUACCCCUUUGAAUUACCUUCAAAUUUUUUACUUCUCCCUCUUUAACUAUUCAUGUGUAUGUAAGUAACAAAAUACACUAAAUCCAUGUUCUUUUCAUCCACCUCAA